AUGCGGCGGCAGGGAUGGCCAAGUCCGGCCGGCCGGGGCGCUGUGGAGGAGGACCGCGGCGGCGGGGCCCCUGGAGGCGGCGGCGGGGCUACGCCGGCGAAGGGCGGCGCUGGCGGGAAGGAGGCGAGGCGCGGCAGCGAGGGCCCCCGGCAGCGGCGCGUCGAUCCUAGGCAGUUUGUCCCUUCCAUCCAUCCCAUCCGCCGCCACUCUCCUUGUUUUCAACGCCGGCCAAUCCCCACUGUUUUCAAUCAAUCUGUCCAUCCAACUGCAUCUCCCAUCGCCAGCCUCAUCCGCAUCCCCGCCUCCUCUUUCCUCAGUGUUCCCCGCAGCCAGCCGGCGCCCGAUCCAGGAUGCAUCGAGGCCACGGCCUCGCGCGCCUCUGCCUCGCCGGUGUUUGCCGGCCACUUAAACAGCAGUAGCAGCCAUCGGAGGUCCCAGCACCGUGCUCGUCUCUCGCCGCAGCAGCAGCGCAGCCCCGAGCAACCGAAGCCCCUCCUCGUGCGCCCCGUCCUCGACCCUGCUGCUGGACCCGGACCCGGAUGCCCCUGCGACCAAGCUCACAGGGAGACCACCAAGCCGCUGCUCCCCUCGCCUCCACCUCAUCGCUGCCUCGCUUCCCCAUCAGACUCCGGCGUCCGACUGAUGAUCUCGCCCCCGCCAUGGAUCUCCGGCUGCCGUGCCCGCCUGGAUCGCCCCUGCUUCACCUCGCUACGGGGAAGCAUGAACCAGCGCUCAGCCACCGCAAGCGACGACAUCGCAAGCCCCACUUCGCCCGUUGACCACACCUGGCUCUGCGUCGACC